CUGGGUCGGGGGGCGCCCGCCAUGUCCCGCUCGGAGCUGCCGCCCGCCGAGCCGGGCGCCGCCAUCGAGCGGCUCUGCCAGGAGCUCAACCUGGAUGCGGCCAGCGCUGCCGAGGCGCUGCGCGACUUCACGGCGCUCCGGGGCACCUACAGCCUGGAGGGCGAGGCGCUGCACUGGCUGGCCUGCGCCCUCUAUGUCGCCUGCCGCAAGAGCCUGGUGCCCACCGUGGGGAGCGGCCUGAUGGAGGGGAACGGCGUGUCGCUGACCAGGAUCCUGCGCUCCGCCAGGCUCAGUUUAAUUCAGUUUUUUAGCAAAAUGAAGAAGUGGAUGGACAUGUCAAAUCUACCACAGGAAUUCCGAGAACGAGUGGAGAGACUGGAGAGAAAUUUUGAAGUGUCAACUGUGAUUUUCAAAAAGUUUGAACCGAUAUUUUUGGAUAUAUUUCAAAACCCUUAUGAAGAAACGUUGAAACCCCAGCGAAGCAGGAAACAGAGACGGAUGCCAUGCGGUAUUAAAGAUCUCUUCAACUUCUGCUGGACUCUCUUUGUGUACACUAAGGGUAAUUUCCGUAUGAUUGGAGAUGAUUUAGUAAAUUCCUAUCAUUUGCUUCUGUGCUGCUUGGACCUGAUUUUUGCAAAUGCCCUUUUGUGUCCAAAUAGAAGAGCGUUGCUAAAUCCAUCGUUUAAAGGCUUGCCAGUGGACUUCCCCAUGACAGAGAUCAAAGCCUCUGAAGAUCCUCCUUGCAUCAUUGCCACACUAUGUGAGCUGCAUGAUGGGCUUUUAGUAGAAGCAAAAGGAAUAAAGGAACACUACUUUAAACCAUACAUUUCAAAACUAUUUGAUAGGAAGAUCUUAAAAGGAGAAUGUCUGUUGGAUCUCUGCAGUUUUACAGAAAAUAACAAAGCACUGAAUAAAGAGUAUGAAGAGUAUGUUCUGACAGUGGGUGACUUUGACGAGAGAGUUUUCCUUGGAGCUGAUGCUGAAGAAGAAAUUGGCACUCCUCGAAAAUUUCCUGCAGAUGUACGAGUAGGGAAAAUGGCAGCAAGAGCUCAUGUGGAGUGUCAUCUUCAGCAGCACUUUGAAAAGAAAAGGUCAUUUGCACCUUCAACUCCGCUGACUGGAAGAAGAUACCUAAGAGAAAAAGAAGCCAUCAUCACUCCUGUUGCUUCAGCAACACAAAGCGUGAGCCGGUUGCAGAACAUUGUGGCUGGACUGAAAAACGCACCGAGUGAACAACUUAUAGCUAUUUUUGAGUCUUGUGCACGCAGCCCUAUGGAAAGCAUUACGAGCAGAGUGAAAGAAAUAGGCGAGAGGUUCUGUCGCAGCUACACUCAGUCAACAGAUGAACAGCCAGGAUCUCAUAUAGAUUUUGCUAUAAACAGAUUAAAACUGGCAGAGAUCUUGUACUAUAAAGUCUUGGAGACUAUAAUGGUGCAAGAAACACGAAGACUGCACGGGAAAGAUCUGACUGCUCUUCUGGAACAAGAUGUCUUUCACCGUUCUCUCAUGGCGUGCUGCUUGGAGAUUGUGCUUUUUGCAUACAGCUCCCCCCGUACCUUUCCCUGGAUCAUUGAAGUUCUUGACCUCAGGCCAUUCUAUUUCUAUAAGGUAAUUGAAGUACUGAUUCGGUCUGAGGAAGGACUUUCCAGAGACAUGGUGAAGCACCUCAACAGCAUUGAGGAACAAAUUCUUGAGAGUCUCGCCUGGACUCGGGAUUCGGCACUCUGGAAUGCCCUUCAGGCCUCAGAAAACAAGGUCCCAACCUGUGAAGAAGUAAUAUUUCCCAACAAUUUUGAAGCAAGCAAUGGAGGAAGUGGGCUUGGGCAUUUGUCUAUCAUGCCAAUAUCUCCUAUAAUUCAUCCUCGAGUAAAAGAGGUUCGGACAGAUCUUGGUGGGAGUUCAAAGCGGGCUUUCAUGCGUGUAGAGGAAGAUAACGCUCGCUUGCCUAUCUUAGCUAUUAUGAAACUUCUAUUUUUGCAGUUACUGGCAUCCAAACUCACCAAGGAAGCACUAGGGUCUUGUGCACGCAGCCCUAUGGAAAGCAUUACGAGCAGAGUGAAAGAAAUAGGCGAGAGGUUCUGUCGCAGCUACACUCAGUCAACAGAUGAACAGCCAGGAUCUCAUAUAGAUUUUGCUAUAAACAGAUUAAAACUGGCAGAGAUCUUGUACUAUAAAGUCUUGGAGACUAUAAUGGUGCAAGAAACACGAAGACUGCACGGGAAAGAUCUGACUGCUCUUCUGGAACAAGAUGUCUUUCACCGUUCUCUCAUGGCGUGCUGCUUGGAGAUUGUGCUUUUUGCAUACAGCUCCCCCCGUACCUUUCCCUGGAUCAUUGAAGUUCUUGACCUCAGGCCAUUCUAUUUCUAUAAGGUAAUUGAAGUACUGAUUCGGUCUGAGGAAGGACUUUCCAGAGACAUGGUGAAGCACCUCAACAGCAUUGAGGAACAAAUUCUUGAGAGUCUCGCCUGGACUCGGGAUUCGGCACUCUGGAAUGCCCUUCAGGCCUCAGAAAACAAGGUCCCAACCUGUGAAGAAGUAAUAUUUCCCAACAAUUUUGAAGCAAGCAAUGGAGGAAGUGGGCUUGGGCAUUUGUCUAUCAUGCCAAUAUCUCCUAUAAUUCAUCCUCGAGUAAAAGAGGUUCGGACAGAUCUUGGUGGGAGUUCAAAGCGGGCUUUCAUGCGUGUAGAGGAAGAUAACGCUCGCUUGCCUAUCUUAGCUAUUAUGAAACUUCUAUUUUUGCAGUUACUGGCAUCCAAACUCACCAAGGUAACUGUGCUGAAGAAGGAAUGCCGUUUUGAUUGA